UGUCACGACUCUAAUUUAGCUAGAAUAUUACUGCAGCUGCUGCAGGUGGAAAUAUGGCGAUUAGGGCGCUCAGAGGGAUGGUGAACGGGGCCAUGACCGAGUUCUCAUCGGCCGUCAGCGGGAACAGGCCGACGGCCGCAGCUCCGGUCCAGUCGGGUACCGCCGCCUCCCGGGAGCAUGCGAUGGCUGCGAACCGGGAUUACAUCUCACAACCCCGCCUGACAUAUAAAACUGUAUCUGGAGUCAAUGGUCCACUGGUCAUUUUGGAUCAAGUCAAGUUUCCAAGGUAUGCUGAGAUUGUUCAUCUUACUCUGCCUGAUGGUACCAAGAGGAGUGGACAGGUGCUGGAGGUCACUGGGUCCAAAGCUGUGGUGCAGGUGUUUGAGGGCACUUCAGGCAUCGAUGCAAAGAAGACCAGCUGUGAAUUUACUGGAGACAUCUUACGAACACCUGUUUCCGAGGACAUGUUGGGGCGUGUGUUUAACGGUUCUGGCAAACCCAUCGACAGAGGACCAGCAGUGCUGGCAGAAGACUUCUUGGACAUCAUGGGCCAGCCCAUAAACCCUCAGUGUCGCAUCUAUCCUGAAGAGAUGAUCCAGACCGGCAUAUCUGCCAUUGAUGGCAUGAACAGCAUUGCUAGGGGCCAGAAAAUACCUAUCUUCUCUGCUGCUGGGCUGCCACACAAUGAGAUCGCAGCUCAGAUCUGCCGGCAGGCUGGAUUAGUGAAAAAGUCCAAGGACGUGAUGGACUACAGUGAGGACAACUUUGCUAUUGUUUUUGCAGCCAUGGGGGUCAACAUGGAGACUGCCAGGUUCUUUAAGUCAGAUUUUGAGGAAAAUGGAUCCAUGGACAAUGUUUGUCUGUUCCUCAACCUGGCCAAUGACCCCACAAUUGAGCGAAUCAUCACUCCUCGUUUAGCUCUGACAUCAGCAGAGUAUCUGGCCUAUCAGUGUGAGAAGCAUGUCCUUGUCAUCCUCACCGACAUGAGCUCCUAUGCUGAGGCUCUUCGAGAGGUGUCUGCUGCCAGAGAGGAGGUGCCAGGCCGCCGAGGUUUCCCUGGCUACAUGUACACUGAUUUAGCUACCAUCUAUGAGAGGGCCGGCAGAGUAGAGGGCCGCAAUGGCUCCAUCACCCAGAUCCCCAUCCUCACCAUGCCCAAUGAUGACAUCACCCAUCCUAUUCCUGACCUCACUGGUUACAUCACUGAGGGACAGAUUUAUGUGGAUAGACAGCUUCACAACAGACAGAUCUACCCCCCUAUCAACGUGCUACCAUCUCUCUCUCGACUAAUGAAGUCUGCUAUCGGGGAGGGAAUGACCCGCAAAGACCACUCUGAUGUUUCCAACCAGCUUUAUGCAUGUUAUGCCAUAGGAAAAGAUGUCCAGGCCAUGAAGGCGGUGGUGGGAGAAGAGGCUCUUACUGCUGAUGACCUUCUUUAUCUGGAGUUCCUCACGAAAUUUGAGAAGAACUUCAUCUCCCAAGGGGCCUAUGAGAACAGAAGUGUGUUUGAGACUCUGGACAUUGGUUGGCAGCUCAUGAGGAUCUUCCCCAAAGAAAUGCUGAAGAGAAUCCCUCAGAGCACCUUGGCUGAGUUCUACCCCCGAGAAUCCAAACAUUAAUCAAACACACACUGCUUCCUGUCCUCUUCCCUGGGUGAGGCCUUGCUGUGUACAUACAGUGUAGUGUUGUGAUUCUGUAACCAUCCUGAUGCUCACUGCUUUCAUCCAACAUCGACGAUAAAUCCUCAUGGCAUAGACAGUAGAAAGAGACUGAAAUGUACCCUAUGAGCUUGUUUGUUUCCAGAAGAAAAGGUAAAACGUUUACUGGAGUAUACUCUGUUGAUUUAAUGUCUGUCAACAUAAUGUGGACAUCAUGUCUUUAUUCAGCCCAUGAUGGCUCACAUGUCAGAGUUCAAUCCUGUCUGAGCAAAUGAGGGAGAAAUCGAGCCAGUUCUGAAGAAAACAAAAAUAUCAUUUUUUAUUGAAUAUCUGGAUCAGUUCUUUGUCAUUGCAUGAAGGAAGCUGUUGUACUUUUUGUUUUCUACAUGUAGUAUGUGGCAUAACAAAUCUGAUGGGAUCUUAUGAAGUCAGUCAGACCUAAAGUUUUGUUAAAAUGACGUUAAUCCAACACAAAAGGAAUAACAUUUCAAACUUUCAAAUAUCUUAAAAAUCUUUCAUUUAAAUUCACAUUGUGCUGCUCAACCCACGUUUGGUCUUCUAACUUAACCAGACUGGUAUUUAUAUGUUUGGUUAGGAUCUACUGCAAAUAUAUCUCUGUUUAAAAAUGAACAAGCUUUGGGAACAUUCAAGCAGCUGUGUGAAUCAGGUAGGUUUAUAGCACAACAUCUAUUAUUGAUCAGUGGUUUCAGAGGAAAUACAUAAUGUUCUAAAAUGUAAUAAAGGAAAAGUUGAAUUGAAAACUGGAAACCAGCAGCUUUAUAAAAUAUUUAAUCCAUCAUCAAAAAAAAAACUAUGUUGCAGAAAGUUUAUCAAUCAGAUGGAUGCAUUUUUAUGCUCAUCAGUAGAAAAUCAGAUGGGAACCUGCUUAUCAAGUCAUGGAAGCACAAUCCAUACCUGAGUUUCUUCAGCUUUUGUGGAUAGACUCUUAUUAUCAAGGUGUCAGUCAGACCUGUCAGUUAUUCAGAUCAAUGAUAUGGUGAAGUCUGAGCUUUGCAGUUUCACUCCCUUCACCUAUUGGGGCAGAAGAAUAGUACAACAUGCAAUUACCAAAGUGCCAUGUUAACCCAUGGAAUGAGAAUGAAUGAGUUGUGGAGACAUGUCUGCUUCUUUUAUAAAUGGACCAUGGUGAAAAUCAGAGCUUUUUCUCUUAUUUCUUUGCUCUUCAGCAUUCAUGUAUUCAAUAGGCAGGAAAUGGACACCAGUAGAGUUAAAGAGCAGAGGUCAAGUUUAUUGUUGUUGACAAGUAACUGUGUAAAAAAGGCUAAAACUCACAUUUCCAUUUACAAACAGCUGUAGGACAUUUUAUUCCAGCCCAGAUUCCAGCCACAGAAAUUAGAUUCGAUUUGAUUUAGUUUAUGAUUCUGUUAACAUCCAUUUCCAAAUACAAAAGUCUUGCUUAGAUUGUGUACAACUAAUGCAUUUAUCCACCUGCCCUGUGUGAAUCCAUGUGGUCUGAACCGAUGCAAACUCUACUUAUACUUAUAAGCUUAUUCAACCUCCGUUUUUUUCUUUUUGCUUUUGUGAGAAAUUGUUAAAUGUUCAGUUUUUUGCUCAGGAUAUUUGGGUUGUGCUUCAAACAAUAUAGUAGGAAACUAAGCAACAUAAUUUAAAGUAAGUAUAUAAUGUCUUCCUGUCUGUCACAGAGAUUUUCAUUUAACCAUCUUGUUAGUGAAUCCAGUGGAUUUAGGAUCCAUUUAAACAAAAAAGUUUUAAUUGAUGAUAUUUCCAGUAUGACCUAUUUUUAAAACGUACCUCUUGCCUUUUAGACCACAACUAGAGUUACUUGGGUCCUUGUGUGAACUUUGAUUUAAAUGUAUUUUGCCCCAGCAGUUGACACUGAAUGUAACUGAACAGGUUUGAGUUGUUUGGGUAAUCAGUGUCUUAUUACAUUCUUAUUCUAUAAGAACUGUUGGUUCUGUGUUUUAGUUUUCUUAGAAUCCUUCGGCUCAUCCUGUGGUCUGUUUAGUUAGUAUAUGUGAUGCAGUUGGAACCUAAAGCCAUCAGCCAUGUCUGACUUUACCUCUCUAUCAGUACAGAUCCAACACUGUCUAGAUAUCUGAAAAUAUGUAUUUUUCUUCAGAUUUAUUUAAACCAAAAUGUAAAUACUUUAGAUUUAAGGUUAAAAAGGUACAUUUAAGUUUAUAUACACUGAAACUAAAAUAAUUCUUGCUGAAUACAUUUAAAGCAGACCAAGAGCUGUGUUGUUUUCCUAAAGGAUCCAUACUACUUUGUCUUUGCUGAACAUUCAUCCGACGGAGUGAUUGCGACAGACCCUCAUGGCCUGAUUCAAGCUCUAUAUCCUAGUUUGGAAUGAUUAUUGUUCAAGUGGUUCUUUUUAAGCCAGACAUGCCUGUAAUGGGAAAGCCAUGACCUGAAGUUACAAAGCCCUGUAUUUUAACAAUAUGCUUGUGUUGUUGGAAUUUCUUUAGAUCAUGAUUGUCUACUGGUGCCAAACUUUAAAUGAUGUCUGUGUACGGCAUUCCCGUUGUGUGUAGAGAUCAGCUUAAAAUCACGCAUUACCCUUCAUGCAUCUGUGUAAGCUGUUUCUGUUUAGGCACUGUGAGCUUAUUGGCUGGUUAGAUAGAAUCUGCAUGCAUUGUUACUAAAUGUUUUCUGUCAGUGCCUCCAGUAUCAUGUCUGCGAAAUAAAGGCUACUGCCUUAUUACGUCUAA